AUGUCGCGUACGACAGCCCCUCAUUCGCUAGCCACAGUUGCCACGCUUUUUGCUGGCCCGGGCAGUGCGUCUAAUUCUUCAGCAUCGGUCAAUGAAAAUGUUGGAUUUCGCUUCGUCCUCGACCGCACUGUCCAGACCCUCUCAGCCAAUGGGAUACCUGACUCCGGUUCUACCUCUGGCCUGCUGUUCGUCCCCAGCUUGGCGCCACAAGACCCAUGCAAUGAUAUCGCGGGGGCGUUCAUACCAGAAACUGUCACUCGCCACAAAGAUGUUUCAAACUUCGGAUACCCGAUUAUUGGCAUCGCCCCAUGGGUUUCUGUUGAUUGUACCCAAUCGUUUCUGGCUGCCUCACGAGAGGUUGGCACGUACGCCCUCGUGUUCUUCGAACCCUCUUAUAAGGAGUCUGGAAUCCCCCCUCCGGCUAGUGAUGAUCGUUGGAACCUCAACGACGGUGAAACUCAGACAAGCUCCAAUCCGAGCCUAUGGAGCUUCGUCCUCGCAAUCCUGGGAACAAUUUUCGGAUUGAGCCUGAUAAUGUUCAUCAUCUAUCAUGUUGUCAACCACAGACGGCGACAAGCUCUUCGCCAACGUAUUAGUGCCGGUGAAGUUGAUAUCGAGAGAUUAGCGAUGAAUCAAAUCCGGGUCCCUCGCGAAGUCGUUGAAGAGUUGCAUAUUUACACCUAUGCGGGCCCAAGGCCUGCAUCUGAAACAACACUAGUCAAAGAAGAGGUCGACACAAAUAUGGCAGAGCUUGAUUUCGGCAGUCAGUCUCCCGAGCCACCCCAAGACCAAGCCCAUGAGGAAGCCCACGAGGGAGCCCUCGAGGAAGCCCACGAGGAGACUCAAAAGGUUGUUGGCAUUAGACGACCGAAGCCAGCAGUGAUAAACCCAGGGAGUGAGGAGCACGCUGCCUCCCCAAACCCAUAUCGACUGAGCCAUACACAAACCACCUGUGCGAUUUGCCUUGAUGAUUUUGUCAUUGCAUCAUCGACGGUCCGCGAACUUCCCUGCGGACACAUCUUCGACGCUGCCUGUAUCGACCCCUACCUUAUGGAGACAAGCACGUCCCACACACAUUCUCUUUCGCUAACCUUUCUCCCUCGAACUUUUCGCAAUUGCGACAACGACAACCGACGACCUCGUGAAGCCGACAAGAUGGGUGCCCUCAAGUACGUCGAAGAGAUCCAGAAGAAGAAGCAGUCCGAUGUCAUUCGGUUCCUGCUCCGCGUUCGCUGCUGGGAGCUCCGCCAGCUGAACGCCAUCCACCGUGCUUCGCGCCCCUCUCGUCCCGACAAGGCUCGCCGUCUCGGUUACAAGGCCAAGCAGGGCUACGUCGUCUACCGCAUCCGUGUCCGCCGCGGUGGCCGUAAGCGCCCUGCCCCCAAGGGUGCCACCUACGGCAAGCCCACCAACCAUGGUAUCAACCAGCUCAAGUACCAGCGUGCUCUGCGCGCUACCGCUGAGGAGCGUGUUGGCCGCCGCUGCGCCAACCUGCGUGUCCUGAACUCCUACUGGAUCAACCAGGACUCCACCUACAAGUACUUCGAGGUUAUCUGUGUGGACCCCCAGCACAAGGCUAUCCGCCGCGAUGCCCGCAUCAACUGGAUCUGCAACCCCGUCCACAAGCACCGCGAGGCCCGUGGUCUCACCGCUACCGGCAAGAAGUCCCGUGGUAUCAACAAGGGUCAUCGUUACAACAACACCAAGGCUGGCCGCCGCCACACCUGGAAGCUCCAGAACACCCAGAGCUACUGGCGUUACCGUUAA